AUGUCGUCCAUCCCUGAUGAGCUUUUUGGCAAUUGGUUGCUGACGACGUUCAACGGAUUGGAUCUUUCAGAUCAAGGAGGACCGUUUUUGAUGUUAUUGGAACCUGCAGGAGGACUUGUGUACCUUGAUAUUCAAAUUACUAACAUACUGAACGGCUUACUGGAGUACCGAGAUGGCCAGCUUUAUGGACAUUUGGUUUCAACACGAAUGCUUGGACCACCGUUACAUAUGCAGAUUGAGCAAGCAUUUGGUGCUGGAUUUGAAGCUGGAAUGAACGUCCUUAUUGAAGAAGCUGGGAUGAUCUUCUCUCAAGGCGGGAACACCUUUUUCUUUGUGGCCCAAACCGACUCCUCACAACAGUGA